UCUCCUUUUGUUCUCCCUCCCACCUCCCCUGUUUCUAUCUCCUCCCUCCUCCUCUCCUCUGUUUCGGUAUAUCCUCCCCUGUUUCUCUUCUUCUUCUUCUUCUUUGGAAUAGGAGGAGAGGCCGCCCUUUCCAUAGGAAAGGGCCCAUCACUUUUGUCCCCUCCCUUGCUCCUUUAUCUUCCUUCUAAUGGGCUCUGUUUCUUUAUAUUCUCCCCUGUUUCUAUUCUGCUUCCUCCCAAUAUAGAUUGAAAGAGAAGAAGACCUCCCCUGUUCCGGGUUUGGUUAAAGUUGCGAUCUUGUUGGGCCUAAUGGGGAGUUCUCAGGUGGUCGACGCCGAUGAUGAUGAGUAUGCGAAGCUAAUCAGGAAGAUGAACCCCCCAAGGGUUGUCAUUGACAACGACGCUUCAGAUGAUGCAACUGUUAUUCAGGUGGAUAGUGUAAAUAAACAUGGAAUCCUCCUAGAAGUUGUACAAGUCCUCACAGAUCUCAACCUCAUAGUCACCAAAGCAUACGUAUCAUCUGAUGGAAAUUGGUUCAUGGAUGUGUUCAAUGUGACUGAUCGCAAUGGGAACAAACUCAGGGACAAAGAGAUCCUCAACUACAUACAAAAAUCCCUAGAAUCAGACGCCUGCAUCUUACCAUCGCUGAGAAGCUCGGUCGGCGUAAAGCCCUCGAACGAAUAUACCUCGAUCGAGCUAACGGGCACCGACAGGCCUGGCUUACUCUCUGAAGUCUGUGCCGUACUCACAGACCUCAAGUGCAAUGUAGUGAAAGCUGAGGUCUGGACACACAAUACCCGAGCUGCAGCUGUAGUUCAUGUGACUGAUGAGUCCACAAGGAGUGCAAUUGAGGACCCAAAGAGGCUCUCCACCGUAAAGGAGCUGCUCUUCAAUAUUCUUACGUGGGACAAGGACUCAAGGAGAGCCAAGAUGAGAGUCUCAAUGGGAGGCACCCACACAGAAAGGAGGUUACAUCAGAUGAUGUUCGACGACAGGGAUUAUGAGAGUGUUGGACUGGUGGAAGAAGGGGACAAGAAGUCAAGGCCUCAAGUUGCUGUCAUGGACUGCACAGAGAAGGACUAUUCCAUCAUUAUUUUGAGGUCCAAGGAUCGGCCAAAGCUCUUGUUUGAUACUCUCUGCACUCUCACAGACAUGCAGUACGUGGUGUUCCAUGGAACAGUCAAGACGGGAAAUUCUGAAGCUUAUCAGGAGUACUACAUUAGGCACAUUGAUGGGCACCCGGUGAAUUCCGAAGCCGAACGACACCGCCUGAUCCAGUGUCUUGAAGCAGCUAUCGAGAGGAGAGCCUCAGAGGGAUUGGAGUUGGAACUAGUAACAGAAGACAGGAGUGGACUCCUUUCUGAUAUCACUCGGAUAUUCCGGGAGAAUGGCCUGUGCAUCAGAAGAGCGGAGAUCUCGACAAAGGGUGGCAAAGCAGUGGACACUUUCUCUGUCUCAGAGAUGUCAGGCAGCCCUGUGGAUGCCAAGAUAAUUGACUCGAUUCGCAGGCAGACAGGCCAGAUGAUCCUAAGAGUGAAACAGAGCCCUUUACCUUCCAAGCCUUCUGAGGAGACAAGCACCACUGGAUUCCUCCUUGCGAAUUUCUUCAAGGGAUGCUCAUUUCACAGUUUUCGGUUGAUCCGAUCCUACUCAUGAACUAAGAUGGCAAGAUAAAUUACAUAGAGCAGCACAUCUCUGAAUCACUUACUUGUAAAUAUGUUGCAUUACCUUCAAAAGAAGAAAGAAUGAAUUUCACUUCUUAAUCGAGGGUUAUUUUCUUAGAAGAAAUUUAAGUCCGUAAGAGUAGGUGGAACUAAUCCCACCGAGCACGAACCAAUGGACUUUUCCGACGGUAGUCAACUUCUUUGACUAUAGGUUGUGAGGUCAGUUAAUAUAGUUAUAGUUCAGUUGUCACUUUCUUUAUCAAGUAAGCGAGCUGAGCGAAGGAAGUCGCCUUAGGGCGUGGGGUCCUCUCAAACGGCGAGGCCUUGUUUACUCCCUCCCUUAAGGUCGGACGAGUUGGCACGGGAUAAAACAAGAUAAAGAGUUUUUUUAUUAUGAUUCGACAUAACAUAAACGAUAUAUAAUGAUGUGAUCUGCUAGAAAUCUUAGUCUUGAAUUCUGUAAUUAUUGACUUGUAAAUAAAUUCUACUUUGGGCUGUAAGGAUGUACAUAUUCUAUCUUACCAAAAAAAGCAUUACGAAAA